AUGAAAUAUAAUACAAAAAAUUAUGACUAUCUUAUCGUGGGUGCAGGGCCUUUUGGUACUACUUUUGCCCAUGAAGCUGCGAAACGAGGGAAAAGGUCGCUUGUUAUUGAAAAGCGCACUCAUGUUGGAGGGAAUACCUAUACUCAUAAGGAAAAUGGUAUUAAUGUUCACGAUUAUGGUGCUCAUAUUUUUCACACUGAUAAUAAAAUGGUUUGGGAUUAUGUAAAUCAAUUUACUGAAUUUAAUGGUUAUAUCAAUCAAGUUGUGGCUGAUUAUAAGGGAGAACUUUAUAAUCUGCCCUUCAAUAUGAAUACUUUCUAUCAGAUGUGGGGGGUAAAAACACCUGAGGAAGCGGCAGCAAAAAUUGAAGAACAAAAGGCAGCAGCAGGUAUUUCAAGUUCGGCAAAGAACUUGGAAGAACAGGCGAUUUCACUGAUUGGGACGGACAUUUAUAGCAAGUUGAUUAAAGGAUACACGGAAAAGCAAUGGGGACGUAAAGCCACGGAACUCCCAGCCUUCAUUAUUCGUCGUCUUCCUGUCCGAUUUACUUUUGAUAACAACUACUUUAAUCAUCGCUAUCAGGGCGUUCCUAUUGAUGGAUAUACCUCAAUCUUUGAGCGAAUGCUUGACAGUGAACUGAUUGAUUUGCAAACUAAUAUGGACUUCUUAGCAGAUAAAGUAAGUUAUAUGGAAGAAUUUCCAAAAAUUGUUUAUACGGGUAUGAUAGAUGCAUUCUUUGGCUACAAGUAUGGUGAGUUGGAAUAUCGUUCUGUUCGUUUUGAGAGUGAAAGUUUUGAGAGCGAAAAUAUACAAGGUAAUGCUGUGAUUAACUACACUGAUGCAGAAAUUCCUUUUACGCGUGUGAUGGAAUGGCGUCAUUUUGACCAAAAAGCUGACAAGGGUAAAACAAUUUUGACGAAAGAAUACCCCCAAGAUUGGGAUAGAACAAAAGAAGCUUACUAUCCUGUCAAUGAUGCACGAAAUUCCUCCUUGUUUAAGUUUUACCGUGAGGAAGCUGAUAAGUUACAAAAAAUUAUUUUUGGUGGUCGUUUAGGCAAUUAUCAAUAUUAUGAUAUGGACCAAGUUUUUGGUGCAGCUUUAAAGGCUGUAGAAAAAGAAUUUGGAAAAUGA